UGCAAUUGGAGCAAUCGAGCCUCCGAGAUGCAGCAACUCAGCCUGAAGCUGACCCGAAAAUCCCGGCAAUGGCCACUAUCAUUCCCCCCGCGGCUGACCUGCCAAAUACAACCCACGGACGGGGAAAUCAAGUGGAUGCUAUUUUAGCUUACGAGAUGUCCGUUGAAGUUCCGCCAACAAACGAUCUCGGAGGCGUGCCAGGUAUUAAUGAGGCGCCUCCUGCGGCCCCACCCUCUAUGCUGGGAUCAUCUGGAUCUGUCAGAACUGUUGAAGGGGCACUCCUGCUGCAUGUGGGCACCCCAUAUCCCGCCCAUAUUCCCACUUCUGGGACAAGCUUCUCCAUUGGCAGGACCAUUUUCCCUAACUUAGCGCCCGCCUUCCAUUCAGCGGCUCCCGACCAUGAAGUGGUAUCCUACAGCGAGAAUUGGAAUCCUACGGUGCCAGACAGCUCACAUAGCGCCGUUGACUAUGGAGAUGCGGGACCUAUUACCCUCUAUCCACACUUCAAUGUCGCUUCGCAUGAAACUCGCGAUGGAAUCUCGGGAAAUGGUACAAAUUGGGACGGAGGUGCUGUGAGUUUGCUUAGAGAUCUGGCUUGGGAUAUGGGAUAUUGCCUCAUCCCUCGGGGAGCCUGCAUCUCCGAUGGUGGCAAUCUUGCAUCGGAGUUCCAUUUGGUGGUUUGAGC